UCCUUCCAUUACACCGGCGACGAACCAACACCAAGCAGCAUCUCCCCCUUGACUUCGUUGCCGACUAUUUAAAUUCCACCACGCACCAUAGUUGCUCACCAUGUCUUCCUCUGUCCGCUCCUCGGCAAUGCAGGGGGCCAUGGCACUGACUCGCCUCUUCGUCGUCCUCCUCGGCACCGCAUUGCCUCUACUCUUCUUCUCCCCUGCGGAUGCCGGCGAGGUGGGGGUGAGCUACGGCAGGUUGGGGAACGACCUCCUGGACACGGCGUCGGUGGUAAAGCUGCUGAACAAGAGCGGCAUCACCACGGUGAGGCUGUACGACGCCAACCCAACGGUGCUCGGGGCCCUGGCCAACACCGGCAUCAAGGUGAUGGUGAUGCUCCCCAACGACGACCUCGCCGCCGCGGCCGCGGACCCGUCGAGCGCGCUCCGGUGGGUGCUCAGGAACGUGGCGGCGCACUACCCUGCCACGCGGAUCCACGGCGUCGCCGUGGGGAACGAGGUGUUCGAGGAGGCCAGGAGCCUGACGUGGCAGCUCGUCCCGGCCAUGGCCAACGUGCACACCGCGCUGGUGAAGCUGCGCCUGGACGAGGCCGUGAAGGUGUCCACGCCGAUCGCGUUCACCGCGCUCGAGGCGUCGUGGCCGCCGUCCGCGGGAAGGUUCCGGCGCGACAUCGCGCGGCCGGUGAUGAAGCCCAUGCUCGACUUCCUGGAGCGGACGGGAUCCUACCUCACCAUCAACGCCUACCCCUUCUUCGCGUACCUCGAGCAGCCCGACAAGAUCUCCCUCGACUACGCCCUGGGGAGCUCCAUGACCGGCGUGCGCGACCCCGUGACCGGGCUCGUGUACCACAGCCUCCUGGACGCCCAGCUCGACGCCACGUACUUCGCCAUGGAGAAGCUGGGGUCAUCAGCAGGUGUGCGGGACGAAGGAAACUCUUCUCUGGGGCGAGGCGGGCGACCCCGUGUGCGCGCGUAUGUUUCGGAGAGCGGGUGGGCUUCCCGCGGGAGACGCAGGCCCGGGAGGCGUUUGGAAGCGGAUGGGGAUGGAGCCCCGGCGCCGGCCCCGGCGGCGGCGGCCACGAUAGCCAACGCCAAGGCGUACAACAACUACCUCAUCAACCGCGUGCUGUCCGGCGACACGGGCACGCCGUACCGUCCCGACGUCGACAUGGACGUGUACAUCUUCGCCCUGUUCAACGAGAACCAGAAGGGUUGGGGAGCCGACGACAUCGAGCGGCACUUCGGCCUGUUCUACCCGAACCAGACGAAGGUGUACGAGUUCGACUUCCACGGUGGCGCGCUACCGAGCUGGUGCGUGGCGAACGCCGGCGUCAGGGACGCGCGGCUGCAGGCGGCGCUGGACUACGCGUGCGGCCACGGCGCGGACUGCAGCGACAUCCAGCCCGGCGCGCCGUGCUUCGAGCCCAACACCGUGGUUGCACACGCCUCGCACGCGUUCAAUAGCUACUACCAGCGCAAUCACCGGGCCAAGGCGGCGUGCAACUUCGGCGGCGCCGCGUCCGUCGUCUGCCACCAACCAAAGAUUGGAAACUGCGUGCUCCCAUCGAAGGCUUGGAUUCAAGAAACAACAGCGAAGUCUGAAGGAUACGCUGCCAUCUGAUGUUCCGGUUUCAAGAAAAGUUCAGUUUAGCCUUUACUGUAGAAAACUAGAAAGAUAUAAACCUCGGCACCUGCACAUCUGAUGCUUCUUCUUUGCUUUCGCGCACUCUUGAGCUACUUAGCUAGCCGGCAAUACUAUACUCAGUAGGGCUGGACGGAAAGCUCGUGGCUCGUUAGCUCGUUCGGCUCGCAGUUAGCUCGGCCCGGCUCGUUGCGCUAACGAGCCAGCUCGAGCUAGCUUUUCAGCUCAUUAGUAUAACGAGCGAGUUCGAGCUGGCUCGCGAGCUGAGCAGGCAAGCAGGCCAAAAGCAAUGCAGUAGCAAGCCAGCGACCGGCCCACGAGCAAGCCCAACAUCAGCCAACAAUCCAUCCUGGACUCCAGGCUCCCUCCAGCGCUCACUCCUCCGUCUCUGGCUUAUCCAUUCGCGUCACGCAUGCUCGGCCUCUCGUUUCUCGCCCCGCCUCCCUCACGCGCCGUCACCUCUGUCUCUGCUCGGCUCUCGCUUGCUUCCUCGCUCAUUCAAUCCCUCGGUCCUUGCCCGUCCUCUGGCGCCGAGCAACUGAGCAAGUCUGGGGUGGCCGCGGUCGAGGGCUUAGGCUUCGCAAAACCAAGGGGGCAACAAGCAGAUCGAGAGCGUGGUGCUGGUAUGGUUUCCACACACCACGAGCUGCUAGUUCAUGGUGGAGGCUGAUGAGGAGCAAUAACUUCUGCUGCUAUCCCUCGGCAUGCAGGGAAUCAAUUUUGCUUGAUUCUUUAGCUCUUUUAGAAACUAGAUCUUGCUUGAUGCAUCCGUUGCUCUAUCUUUUGAAUGAUUUAAGGUUUCAGAUGAAAUGAUUUUGCAUGAUCCAGUGCUAUUACUUUGGUUACGAUUGCAAUUUUCAAUCUUAUUUGCCUUUUGAUUUUA